GAAAAAGUAUUAAUCAAAAUAAUCUGCAUAUGUUACUGAAUCACGAUACUGUUCAAAAUCAUUUAUAAUAAAUUGUUUAAAUGGUGUCUGUAAUUAUGAUUAGCCUUUAAUAUUGCACAGUGAAUAAAUUUAAUAAUAAUAACAAUCAUCGAACGUGCCAUAAAAACGUAACAUAGUUUUACCAUGGAGGCAACAGCCACAGUAUUAGCCCGAAAGUUGUUUCCUCAAAAUGUAACUUUUGUCAUUCUAUCAUAGCGAAGGAAUUCCGGUAAUCAAAACCUUACCGGAAUCGGUUCUGUUGUAUCCGCCACUGAAAAGAGAAUACUGAUAAUGACUGGAUAUGGCUGUUAUAACAUCGUCAAAGGAAUCAUUAUCACAAGCUUUACAAAAUCGAAUAAUACCUAAUCAAGAGUACUUACUACAAGGAUCUGUUUUAGAUUCUACUGUCGAACAUUUGAAACAAAGGAAAGAAGAACAGCUGCGCUAAGUUACGUUAUGUGUUUCCCUGUGGGCUACCUAGUGUAAUGAACCUCCUUUUGUUGAGGGUGUCUAUAGCUGGGAUAGUUCAGCCACAGCCAGGGUCCUUACAAGAAAAUUUAUAUAUACUCGACUCUGAGUACUGGUUUACCUACCGAUCAUUUUCUAUGGUCUCAAUUUAC